AUGCCAGAGGCAGCAACCACCGGGACAAAAGCUAGAUUGCGGUUGGUGAGGGUUUCUGCGGGUAACACGUAUGUUCGUCGCAAGGACUCGCUUGUUGCGGAUCGAACCGAAAGCAACCUGGAGCCUUGUAACUGUUCAUCACGAACAAACGAAGCCAGAAGGAUGGAUGCAUUCAGUGGCCGAUUUGCACCUCAGUUGACGAGACCUGCCCCACCAUUGCAUCGGAGCGGGUCUCGGUCGUGUGGAUCCCCAGGCGGGUUGAUCUUGACCAAUGCAAAGGGCAGCAUUGGCUGGGCCGGGACACCUGGGGGAGUCUGCAACAACCGCCAUCCCAGCAGACCAAACCCCAGUGGCUCGACUUCAACCAUCACCAUCGGCAUCUCAUCGGUCUUGGUAUGUAGUGUAGACCUAGGUUGUGAGAAAGGACCCAAAUGGGACAACACGUCGGCCCCCCUUGUCGGAUGGCCCGGGACUCCGAAUCCGGCAAAGCUGUGGACUAACACUGCUGCUGCUGCUGCUGCUGCCAAUAUCCACUCCCGGCCUUCUGGAAGCUUUCAAAAAGGACCACAGGACCCGGCUGGUCACUCAUCCCCUUUCCUCACCACUCAUAUCCAUACUUUGACAUAUACAUACAUAAUUCAUUCAUCCCAUCCUCUCACCCUCACUCUCACUCUCACCUGGAGCCCCUUGGCCCCCACCAUAGUCGGCAACUGCUUUGGUAAUCCCGUAUCCCGUAUCCCGUAUCCCGUCCCGACCCGCUGUCCUCGAGGCACUUCAGUCGGCAACAACAACAACAACAGACCAACAACGAACCCACGCACUACGGCGCUAGUCACUUUGCCAACCGAGACUAAAAGUCCACCCGGCGGACAUUGUACAAGUUCAACGGUGUCGAAAGAGAGCGUCUUCGGCCUUUGCCUCCCACAUUCUUGCGCCGACUCGCCUCCAAACGGUCUGGACCAUCCACGCAACGGCAAUGGCACGUGGGGCAUUCGCAGCCCGCAGGUCCUUAUUGUAAAGCGACUUUCUUUCUUUUCACUGCGCCAUUGCCAUCACUGGACUAGUCUGCCCUCGGCGUGCACCAACGUACCUCCAUUUUCACCACACCUCCUAUCAAUCCAUCCUAUAUCCUCCCGGCGCAACUUGCCACGGGUUCAGGCUGUGUGUGUAAGAGCCAGUCCGGAUCUGUAAGACCGGCUUACAUCAAACGGCAUCAACCAGAUAUUAUCACGCGGUUGUUUGGGGGACAAUACAAGACCAAACCCGGUGCCUUAUUUGGACACCAGAUAAGAUAGGCCAGACACCAUGACGUCGAUUCUAUGUCUGGCGCAUUAUUGCGACCUUCACGGG